AUGAAUAAAAUCGUGGACAACUUUCAAAUUGACUUUGAUUCUGACUGUCGCGUGGAUGUCAAUUCUGUGAAAGCAAGUUGGAUCCGAAAUAUCAGUCAAGCGGCUGAAUCACUUGAUGAAGCCAAAGAAUCGUGGAAAACCAUUGAACGACAACUAAAAGACACGCUUAAUGCUAUAUCAUCCAACAAAACACGAAUACACGACCAGAACAAGAAGCAAACGCAUCAGCAUCACCAACACCAGCAUCGUCCUCGUCGCCGGCGUCAUCAAACUCAUUGUCUUAAAACUUACAGCACCUGGUAUUCCCAUGUGGUUUCCCGCCAUUGUGCUGAACAGGCCAAACAGGGCUUGACUGUGGAGAUCGGGCGGGAUCCGGUUCUUUCCUGUUGUGUGGCCUUUCGAGUUUACCAGCUAACUUUGCCAUCUCUCGGUCCUUCUCAAUCUCUUAUUGUCAAUCUAGGCGAUAGUAGCUGGUUACGAGUGCUUACCGAAGAAGAAUUGGAUGAAUUGCGUGAGGCUGGUGGUGCUUCAGAUUUCUCGGCACCAAAAGAACUCGAACAAAAUUUCCAAGAAAUCCUGAAAUUGAAGGAUAGCACCGAGCUAUAUAAUUACGCAAGAAGCAUCCCAAUCGUUGAUCCAUCCAAAAAAACACUCAAAGUGUGGCUAUCUAUUGAAUUUCAAAACAUUGCCCAAUUGUUUCUGAAAACCGGCUCAUUCGAUAUUGGUACCAUGAUGGAAACUGACCAACUGUAUCUAGUGUUUGGAUUUCUUUCUUCUGUUGCUCGAGGAUCUGACAUUGCGGUGAAGGGUUAUAAAGGAUCGAGCGAAGCAAAUGCAGAUGUCUUAAACAACGAUCGUCAGCUAUCAUCUGUAAAACCAAGACGUGGUGAUAUUAUCUUUAAAUCGGGCAAGCUGGAACUUGGUUGCGCAGAAAUUGGUGCUGCGAAAAAUCAGACGAAAGAGAUGCGAGAUAGUCUUUUAAGAUUGCCAAUUGUUUUACGCGACAUGUUGUUGUUGGCUACGUUUCCUCCUUUGCUAUUGCAUAAGUGCCAUAUCAUCGGUUACAGCAUUUCAGGUGGCUCUGUCUCAUUAAUGGGUGUUGAUAUCCCCAAGGGUUUUGUUACUGGAGUCAGGAGAACAGAAUAUCUCGAUUUUCCCGACAACAACAAAACCUUGGUGUCCAGUUAG